AUGUCAUACAACAAAGUCGAGCUAUACGGCGGUGCUAUGACCGUGGACCUUCCCUCCAACUUUGCAGACGUCAGCCAAAUCAGACAAGUUCCGGACAACCAAGAAGUCUACUUGGACAAGGAUGGUCUUACAAGCAUCGUAUUUGAUAUUCUGGAGCGUGUCGACAAGCCCGAUCUGGAUGCACUGAAGUACCAUUUGGAGGAUAUCGUCGAGGAUGAUGUGGAUGCUACCAAGCUCUGGACCUCAAACUCUGCAGUUUUUAGCAAACUACCACUCCAAACAUCUGCCUACACACUCUUUGCUACGCACAAGCCUUCAGCAGAAGCCGUGUCUCGCGGCAAAGCUCCCGACUUCACAGGCAUACUUCUCACACUCAUCCGACUGGAGAGCCAACAGACCGACCUGGUCAUCAGCGUCAACGUCCCUCACGUAGGCGGCGACUACAACAAAGACGACGUCGACCCCUCAGCCGGAAAGCAAGGCCCCAUGCUAGACGCCGCAACCUCCUUCCGCGACCGCAUCUUGCAAACCUUCGAAAUCAAGGACUGGGAUCUUUUCGUGCAGGAAUGA